AUGAUUGUGGGGGGGAUGGAGGAGGUGUUGGGCAGUCGCAGCUGUGAAGGGUUAGGGAGCGUGUGGCUGUGGGAGGAUGGUACUUCAUUAACGAGCUCCAAGCUUCACUGCACCAGGCACCAGGCUCCAGGGCCUCUGUGGUGCUCCGAUGCCCCUCACCCACUACUGAAGAUCCCGGGUGGGCGAGGGACUGGCAGGGAUCACUCUCUCACUGUGCUCCUACAUAAGGACGACAGGCUCACAGUAACACAGACUGCUUCAGUGAAUGGUACACCCCCUCUCCUCCACUUCCAGUACCAGCUGACGGAGACGCGGGUUUGCUGCUGGGAGGCCGUCCUCUCUGGGGGCAGCCUCUUUCUAGAAAUUGCAGAUGGGGCACUUCCAGAAGGAAGUAAGGAGGGGUUGACCGCAUUACUGGAGUUUGCUGAAGAGAAGCUGAAAGUCAGUUAUGUGUUCCUGUGGUUUAAAAAAAGCAGGGAAGAUCGAUUGCCUAUCACAAGGACUUUCCACUAUCUGGGCUUUGAGAUUGUGAAACCAGGCCACCCCUUGGUGCCCACCCAUCCAGACAUUAUGUUUAUGGUCUACUCUCUGGAUCAAAACACCUCUGAUGAAGAAUGAAGGCAUCCAGUCAUGGCCAUAGCUCUCCAUAACCAUCUGGGUUAUUUGAAUGACUUGACCCACUGCUGUUUUUCUACUCAGACAUCGGACAUCGCAACACUGUGCAAAUAAAAACAGCUCAAGGCAAAUCUUAGGUAUAGGACAGCAAAUACAAUCAGUUCCCCAGACAUCUCUGACAGGAGAAUCGGCAGUAUUCACAGGGAAGGGGGGUGGGGGGGUAAUUUAGACCAAUCCACAAUCUCAUUAAUUGCUUUUCUUUUUCGGUUCUUUAAAUAAGCAGCCCUUAGCAGACAGAACAGGAUACUCGUAAGUAGGUCGUCUGGUGCUAAAAAUACUAUGUAACCUCCAAUGCUUUGCACUGAAUAUCGGAGUUCUCGGAUUAUGUGAGAAGGGAAAAAUACAUUAAAGAGAGUCUUUCCUCAUAAUCUGAUUGAAACCGUGCGUUUUGAGAUAGGCCCUUGUUUUAAUAGUAGUUCAAAACUGAACUACCAUCAACAAAGCAUGAAUUUCUGUUCACAAACUCAGUGGAAACAAUUUCACUCCUAUUAUGUUGAAGUUACUUCAUCUUAGUUUAUAUUUUCUCUAUAACUAUUAUACAUAUAUAUCAUUUAUUUACAAGAGGGGUUACAAAGCCACCUGGGAUUUGGCAUUUGGCAGCAUCUAUAACAGGAUAAUACACUAGCAUAAGGCAGCAUAAUGUUCCUUCAGCCUGAUUUUCAAGGGUAAAAAAAAAAAAGAGUGGAGUUUUAAGUCAGAAAAAGGAUGGACAGCUAUGGCAUUUGUCACCUAUACUCUUGCUGCAUGGAGAACCACAUUACCACUACCUAGCCCAUUGCAUCUCUUGCUGCAUCUAAAGUAAGAACUGUCAAAGCCAGCUUCUUCAGAUCUGAGAAAUGUAGUAAGGACCUAGAAAGCAAUAGGAUACGAUAGGCAGAGCUGUGUAACUUUGAAACAAUGAAAUUUCAUAUUAUCAUAUGUCAAGCAAGUACUGAUGCAAGGGUGCAAACAUUUGGAGAAACUGAAAAGGUCCACCCUUUUCAAAUCUCUGAGUGUAGGCUAGCUAGUGUUUCAUCAUUUGGGUUAGUUCUACCGGAUAAGGACCGCUCAUCACCAGCUCAAGCAAGCCUGGGUGCUAUCUCACUCACUGGUGCUCCUUUUCUCACUGAGGAAGAGUGAAGGCAGAACACAGGGCAUCUUCAUACCAAAUGGAAGGCUGGGGAUAUCAUAUCUUGCACUCUCAGUAUGUGAAAGUCUUGUGCUAUCCCACAGGCCAUGGGGUAUGGUUUCCCCAAAAAUAACAGGACAGCAUCAUAUCAAAAAAAGUUAUAUUCAGAUGUAUUUAUAUACCGUGUUAAAUGUGAUACAACACAUUGUUGUGUUCCCACACUUUGAUCCUUUUGCAGGCCUGCAGAAGCCUUAGGACAUUGCCAAAGAUCUGGUCUGCAUUAACACUAGCACUUCAGUUCUCAAUCCAAGAUAAUCUGAACCAAUAACCUCUGCAUUAUUUCUGAUCUUAAAACUCUGGCAUGCUCUUACUCAUCAAGGCCUGCAUUAAAUAAAAACAACAAUGCCGAUGUGAAAAUUUCAAACUCAACCCAAUACCAUCACAAAAUAGUGGGUUUUCUAGGUGGUGGGUUAAAUGACUGAUUUCUUCUGGGCCCACACCUGACUUCAGGAGUAGCUAACUAAAGCCAGCAAGAUGAAAUACAGCUAUACAUUCCCCAGCAUAAUUAUCCUGGAUAACUCGGAAGACCACAACCAAGUCAAAAAGGAGUACGGCAUAGAAUUCGCAUUACAUUUUGUCUGUAUGUCUACAAGAGGAUUUAGUUUGCUUAUUUGUAGGGGGAGAUUGUAUUUUCUUUAGCUUUUUAACUGAGCAGUGAAUAUUACAACACUGUUAAGACUUGUUUCUAUUCAGAUUCUUAUAUUUAAUUAAUGCAGUACUGUCAUUAUGAGCUCCAUUGUGAAAAUUCUUAUAUUCUUAUAUUUUCCUUCUUUUCAGAGAUCUUUGUUUACAGGGAAAUAUGGACUUAAAUCCUAAAAGGGCAAUCCAUACUCAUACUUUUGGAUUUUAUGUAUAUUAGAAAUUAACAUAAAGUUUAAAGUUUGACUUUAA